CACAAACGAGUGCGCAUUUUCUGAGAGCAAUCAUUCUGUAGUGAACUUCAUUGAGUACCUCGUGCGUCUAAAUUUACGUUGUUUUGAUUCAAAUUAAAUAAGUUAUUAUUAUAUUGUUUGCGAAUUUCCGACAGUAUUAACUAGAUGUGAGAUGAUGGAUUGAUUCCCUAGAAUAUGGCGUGAUUAAGAAAAAUUGAACGCUUUAAUUUGCGAUGGCCUAAGUUAAGGAUAGGCGUUUGCUUGUCAUAUAUUUUAAUUCGUGAACAAUAAAAUAAUAUACGCAUCAUAAGUGUAUAACUAUAAAUUUUUUUGCUUUAGUGCAAAGCUAAACAUUUAUAAUWAUGUGCAAGAAAUGUGCAGGUAAAAAUUUCGCGAAAAAUAUAAAUGCAAAAAGUUACCACCACAGCAGAACGCCAUUGGUGCCGCUUUUGUAGAGUUGCCAACACCACAAGUUAACCACUAGUAUGAUUUGGAACGUAAGGGUCCCACGGAACGUAACUAAAUAAAUUUUGUUAUAAACUCACGCUAAAGUACUUAAAAAAUCUCAAUGAAAAAACUGAGCAAAUAAAGUUUUCUCAGUAAGGAAGCGCAAGCACCCCAUAGUGCAAGAAAGUGUGCAAGACAAGACGGCAAAAGGAAAGAAGGAAGACGCAGGGUGCUUCAGGCCUAGAAAGUGUAAAGGAACCUAUAAGUCCCAACUUGCUGGACGAACGAUUAUAUUAUAAACGUUCCAACACUUGUGAUUCAAUUACUGUYGGAAUAUACAAUUUUAGACGAAUUUAAAUGGUUAAAUUGUGGAAAAAGUGGCGGCGUCUUCGAUUCAAACCAUAGUUAAUCAACAGUGGUAGUGGUGUAAGGUGUGUGCAUCCGACUUUAAAGUUUUUUCAAUAUACCAAACGGAGUAAAAUCAUACAUUAGCUAGAAAACGACAAGCGGUUAGCAGCCGUUCAACAAAAUAAUAAUAUAACAAUAUAUUAUAAGUUUGCAUUUCGAAGUUUUUGGUAAGCGGGAAAUUUACAGCACAAUUGAAUCUGCUCUCUACCGCAAAAGCCGCAACAGUAGAGCAAUAGUAAUAGCAGCAGUUGUGUGGUGUAGUGCGCAAAAUGUAUCCUGCACCGGUGCGUCAUCCCUCGGCGGGGGGACCACCACCUCAGGGUCCACUAAAAUUUACAAUCGUUGACACACUAGAACGAAUUAAGGAGGAGUUUAACUUUCUGCAGGCACAAUAUCAUACAUUAAAACUGGAGUGCGAAAAACUUGCCAAUGAAAAAACAGAAAUGCAGCGCCAUUAUGUUAUGUACUACGAAAUGUCAUAUGGCCUUAAUGUUGAAAUGCACAAACAGACGGAAAUCGCCAAACGUUUAAAUACCUUGAUAAAUCAGCUGCUACCAUUUCUACAAGCCGAUCAUCAGCAGCAGGUCUUAAAUGCAGUGGAGCGCGCGAAACAAGUUACGAUGCAGGAAUUAAAUCUGAUCAUCGGGCAUCAGCAUCAGGGAAUUCAACAACUUCUACAGCAAAUACACGCACAGCAAGUGCCCGGUGGACCACCGCAGCCAAUGGCCGGUUUAGCGCCACUAGCUGGCCCAUUUGGUGCACUGGGCGCGUCAAUGGGUCUACCACAUGCACCACAGGGCCUACUUAAGGCACCAACAGAUCAUCAUCGACCCGAUAUCAAACCAACAGGUCUCGAUGGGCCGGCUGGCGCUGAAGAGCGUCUGCGGAAUUCAGUGUCCCCAGCUGAUCGUGAGAAGUAUCGCACACGUUCACCAUUGGAUAUUGAAAAUGAUUCGAAGCGUCGAAAAGACGAGAAACUACAAGACGAUGAAGGAGAGAAAAGCGAUCAAGAUUUAGUCGUAGAUGUUGCAAAUGAAAUGGAAUCCCACUCGCCACGUCCGAACGGCGAACACAUGUCGAUGGAAGCGCGUGAUCGUGAAAGUCUGAACGGUGAACGUCUUGAUAAACCGGGCAGCAGCGGUGUCAAACCGCCUAAUGAACGACCUCCAUCACGUUCCGGCUCCAGCUCGUCGCGCUCAACUCCCAGCCUAAAAACUAAAGAUAUGGACAAGCCAGGCACACCGGGCGCCAAGGCACGCACUCCCACCCCAAAUGCUGCCGCACCAGCUCCGGGCGUAAACCCCAAACAGCUGAUGCCACAAGGCGGUCCGCCGCCUGCCGGUUAUCCAGCCUCAGCGUAUCAGCGACCUGCUGACCCCUAUCAGAGGCCACCAUCCGAUCCGGCAUAUGGACGACCGCCACCACUACCUUACGAUCCGCAUGCGCACGUACGAACAAAUGGCAUUCCACAUCCUCAAGCGUUAACUGGUGGAAAGCCCGCAUAUUCGUUCCACAUGAACGGCGAAGGCAGCUUACAACCGGUGCCGUUCCCAUCCGACGCACUAGUUGGUGUUGGCAUACCACGACACGCCCGACAAAUAAAUACCCUAUCACACGGCGAGGUAGUGUGCGCUGUUACCAUUUCGAAUCCCACGAAGUAUGUGUAUACAGGUGGCAAGGGUUGCGUUAAAGUUUGGGACAUCUCACAGCCGAAUAAUAAAAAUCCAGUCAGCCAAUUGGACUGUCUGCAACGUGACAAUUACAUACGCUCCGUGAAAUUACUGCCUGACGGUCGUACGUUGAUUGUGGGUGGUGAGGCGUCCAAUCUCUCCAUAUGGGAUUUGGCCAGUCCGACGCCACGCAUUAAAGCCGAAUUGACAUCCGCAGCGCCGGCUUGUUAUGCGCUCGCUAUUAGUCCUGAUUCGAAGGUGUGCUUCUCGUGUUGUAGCGAUGGUAAUAUCGCGGUGUGGGAUUUGCACAAUGAGAUAUUGGUGCGCCAAUUCCAAGGACACACUGACGGCGCCUCAUGCAUCGACAUCAGUCCGGAUGGUUCGCGACUGUGGACCGGUGGUCUUGAUAAUACGGUGCGUUCGUGGGAUUUACGCGAAGGCCGCCAAUUGCAACAGCAUGAUUUCAGUUCUCAAAUAUUCUCCCUGGGCUAUUGUCCGACAGGCGAAUGGCUCGCUGUGGGUAUGGAGAACUCACAUGUCGAAGUAUUGCACGCAUCCAAGCCAGACAAAUAUCAACUGCAUCUACAUGAAAGCUGUGUACUCUCGUUACGUUUCGCCACCUGUGGCAAAUGGUUCGUCUCCACUGGCAAGGAUAAUCUAUUGAAUGCCUGGCGAACACCAUACGGUGCAAGCAUAUUCCAGUCGAAAGAAACUUCAUCCGUACUUAGCUGCGACAUAUCAACCGAUGACAAAUACAUUGUGACGGGCUCCGGCGACAAAAAAGCAACGGUUUACGAAGUUAUUUACUAAUAAGUUCUAAUUUGUUUAAWUUUGCUAUAAACCUAUAAGAAGAAAUACUAAAUUUUCUUUUGUGCAAAACAAUUAUAUUACCACACAGCAGCGAUCAUACAUACCCACACAUACACAUAUACAAUGACAAGGAAAAAAUGGCAAAURAUAAGCGAAAAUGUGUAAAAUGUAUGAGCUCGCAAACGCGAAUGUCGUGCCGACAGGGCAAUGAAAAAUGAAUAGUUCGCUUUGUAGUAGUGGCUUUUGAUAGGACUCACGAAAAGCUAAGCAAAACAAAACAAAAAACACAACACAAAAAAGAAAGAAAGUAUGAAAAAUGCAGAAACAGGAGUGCAGAUAGUUUGAGUUAGGAGGGACAAUGAAUAUUCGUAUAAGCGGACGUACAUGGGAAUCAUGUUUAAUGAAAAAAAGUAACCAGAAACACGAAAAAGGUAAAGAAGAAACGAUAAAUAAGAAUUAAAAUUGAAAAUAUAUAAUUAUAAAUAAUAACAUAAACAAAUUGUAGGUUUUAAGUAAUUUUAAGUAAAGUUAAAGAGACAAGAAGAAGAACACAAAACAAAAAAUUAAUUAAAAACUAAGAAAACACACAGCAGGAGCGCAAGAAUGCAAGAACUUAUUAAAAUAUUAUAAACCUAAAAAAACGCAAAAA